CAGCUGGAACAAGGAGAAGAGCCAUGGGUGCCCGAUCUCGAGGCCUCGGAGGAAAGAGACAUCUCAAGAGGCACCCGCACAGCACAAUGACUCCUGUCUGGAUUCUCUCUCUCUCUCAGCAGGUGAUGAGAGAGUGAGUGAGAAGGAGGAAGGGAGUCAUCAUGAGCACAUUCCUGGGGAAAUGGAACCACAGGGGACCUUUGUGGAAAGACCUGAAGGGAAUUUUUCCCAGUGCUUGGAAGAGAGAGAAGCCUGUGGAAAUUGGCACAGGUCAGAGAGGCUGCUGGGAAACCACCCAAAGAAGAAAGUGGAUGAAUCCAUUCAAUGUUGGGGAGGAGAUAAGGAUCCCACAGCCCAGCAAACAAAUCCCAAGGAAGAAAAACCCUAUCAGUGCCUUGAAUGUGGGAAAGGAUUCAUUCUGAGAUCACAGCUUGUGACACAUCAGACAGUCCAUACUGGAGAGAAACCCCUUCAAUGCUUGGACCGUGGAGAAACUUUCAAUAACCUCUCAGACCUCAAUAAUCAUGGGAGAAGCCACUUGGGAGAGAAACCCUAUCAAUCCCUCAAGUGCAGGAAAUGUUUGGAUUGGAAGUCAGUUCUAAGUACACACCAGAUAAGCCAAACACGAGAGAGACCCUACAAAUGCUUAGACUGUGGAAAAAGUUUCAUACAGAGGUCAGACCUUGUUAAACAUCAGGGAAUCCACACAGGAGAGAGACCCCAUAAGUGCUUGGAGUGUGGGAAAAGUUUCACAUGGAGAUCAGCCCUUGUUCGGCAUCAGGCAAUCCAUACAGGAAAAAGACCGCAUAAGUGCUUAGACUGUGGGAAAAGUUUCAUAUGGAGGUCAGACCUUGUUAAACAUCAGGCAGUCCACACAGGAGAGAGACCUCAUAAGUGCUUGGACUGUGAGAAAAGUUUUAUACGUAGGUCAGACUUUGUUAAACAUCAGGCAAUGCACACAGGUGAGAGACCCCAUAAGUGCUUGGACUGUGAGAAAAGUUUCAUACAGAGAUCAGACCUUGUUAAACAUCGGGCAGUCCAUACAGGAGAGAGACCCCUUAAGUGCUUAGACUGUGGAAAAAGUUUCAGAGACAGAUCAGCCCUUUUUAAACAUCAGGCCAUCCACACAGGAGAGAGAACCCAUAAGUGCUUAGACUGUGGAAAAAGUUUCAUAUGGAGGUCAGACCUUGUUAAACAUCAAGCAUUCCACACAGGCGAGCGACACCAUAAGUGCGUGGACUGUGGGAAAAGUUUCAUAAGGCGGUCAGACCUUGUUAAGCAUCAGGCAAUCCACACAGGAGAGAGACCCCAUAAGUGCUUGGACUGUGGGAAAAGUUUCAUACGUAGGUCAGACCUUAUUAAACAUCAGGCAAUCCACACAGGAGAGAGACCUCAUAAGUGCUUGGACUGUGGGAAAAGUUUCAUACAGAGGUCAGACCUUGUUAAACAUCAGGCAAUCCACACAGGAGAGAGACCCCAUAAGUGCUUGGACUGUGGGAAAAGUUUCAGAAAUACAUCAGCCCUUGUUAAACAUCAGGCAAUCCACACAGGAGAGAGCCCUCAUAAGUGCUUAGACUGUGUAAAAAGUUUUGUAUGGAAGUCAGACCUUGUUAAACAUCAGGCAAUCCACACAGGAGAGAGACCUCAUAAGUGCUUGGACUGUGGAAAAAGAUUCAUACGGAGGUCAGACCUUAUUAAACAUCAGGCAGUCCACACAGGAGAGAGACCCCAUAAGUGCUUAGACUGUGGGAAAAGUUUCACACAGAGAUCAUAUUUUAUAACACAUCAGAGGAUCCACACAGGCGAGAGACCUCAUAAUUGCUUGGAUUGUCAGAAAAGUUUCACAAACAGGUCAGCCCUUGUUAGACAUCAGGCAAUCCACACAGGAGAGAGACCCCAUAAGUGCUUGGACUGUGGGAAAAGUUUCACACAGAGAUCACAUCUCAUUAAACAUGGGAGAAUCCACACAGGAUCUAAUCUUCUGUGACACACGGCCAGAAAGGGUUAAGAAGCUUGCAGAAUAAUUGAUCCAAAUUCAGCUUUUAGAGACGUUUGAAAAGUGUGUAAAUGGUAAUUAGGGCCAUGCCACAUUAGAUAGAUUAGAACUUUGAAAUGUAAACUUUUAUUGUUAAAGACCUGGAAGAACAUAGUAGCUGUAGUAGGCAGCUUUCCAACACCACAUUCUACAAGCCAUUACCCUCUGAUCCCACUGAGGGUUACCAAAAGAAACUACACCAUCUGCUCAAGAAACUCCCUGAAAAAUCACAAGAGCAAAUCCGCUCAGACACACCCCUAGAAGCCCGAGCAGGGGUAUUCUAUCUGCUACCCAAGAUCCAUAAACCUAGACAUCCUGGGAGCCCCAUCAUCUCAGGCAUUGGCACCCUGACAGCAGAAUUGUCUGGCUAUGUGGACUCCCUCUUCAGGCCCUAUGCUACCAGCACUCCUAGCUAUCUUCGAGACACCACUGACUUCCUGAGGAAACUACAAUCCAUUAGUGAUCUUCCAGAAAACACCAUCCUAGCUACUAUGGAUGUAGAAGCUCUCUAAACCAACUUUCCACACAAAAAUGGACUACGAGCUGUUGGGAACAGUGUCCCUGAUAAUGUCACGGCAAACCUGGUGGCUGAACUUUGUAAUUUUGUCCUCACCCAUAACUAUUUCACAUUUGGGGACAAUGUACACCUUCAAGUCAGCGGCACUACUGUGGGUACCCGCAUGACCCCACAGGAUGCCAACAUUUUUAUGGCUGACUUAGAACAACGCUUCCUCAGCUCUCAUCCUCUAAUGCCCCACUCUACUUGCGCUACAUUGAUGACAUCUUCAUCAUCUGGACCCAUGGAAAAGAAGCCUUUGAGGAAUUCCACCAUGAUUUCAACAAUUUCCAUCCCACCAUCAACCUCAGUUUGGACCAAUCCACACAAGAGAUCCACUUCCUGGACACUACAGUGCUAAUAAGUGAUGAUCACAUAAACACCACCCUAUACCGGAAACCUACUGACCGCUAUACUUACCUACAUGCCUCCAGCUUUCAUCCAGACCACACCACACGAUCCAUUGUCUGCAGCCAAGCUCUAAGAUACAACCGCAUUUGCUCCAACCUCUCAGACAGAGACGAACACCUACAAGAUCUCUAUCAAAUGUUCUUACAACUAAAGUACCGACCCGCUGAAGUAAAGAAACAGAUUGAUAGAGCCAGAAGAGUACCCAGAAGUCACCUACUACAGGACAGGCCCAACAAUGAAAGUAACAGAACGCCACUAGCCAUCACCUUCAGCCCCUAAUUAAAACCUCUCCAGUGCAUCAUCUAGGAUCUUCAACCUAUCCUGAAGGACGAUCCCUCACUCUCACAGAUCUUGGGAGACAGGUCAGUCCUCGCUUACAGACAGCCCCCCAACCUGAAGCAAAUACUCACCAGCAACCAGACAACAGAAACACUAACCCAGAAGCCUAUCCUUGCAACAAAACCAGUUUCCAAUUCUGUCCCCUAUCUAUUCAGGGGACACCAUCAUAGGACCUAAUCACAUCAGCCACACUAUCAGAGGCUCGUUCACCUACACAUCUACCAAUGUGAUAUAUGCUAUCAUGUGCCAGCAAUGCCCCUCUGCCAUGUACAUUGGCCAAACCAGACAGUCUCUGUGCAAAAGAAUAAAUGGACACAAAUCAGACAUCAAGAAUUAUAACAUUCAAAAACCAGUUGGAGAACACUUCAGUCUCCCUGGUCACUCGAUUACAGACCUAAAAAUUGCAUUAUGACAACAAAAAAACGUUCAAAAACUGAUUCCAACAAGAGACUGCUGAAUUGGAAUUAAUUGCAAACUGGACACCAUUAAAUUAGGCUUGAAUAAAGACUGGGAGUGGAUGGGUCAUUACACAAAGUAAAACUAUUUCCCCAUGUUUAUUUCCCCCCCCUACUAUUCCUCACACCUUCAUGUCAACUGCUGGAGAUGGGCCAUUUUGAUUACCACUACAAAAAGUUGUUUUUUUUUCUUUUUCUCCUACUGGUAAUAGCUCACCUUAACUGAUCACCCUCCUUAGAGUGUGUAAGGUAACACCCAUUGUUUCAUAUUCUCUGUGUGUGUGUGUAUAUAUAUAUCUUCCUACUGUAUUUUCCACUGCGUGCAUCCGAUGAAGUGGGUUUUAGCCCACGAAAGCUUAUGCUUGAAUAAAUUUGUUAGUCUCUAAGGUGCCAUAAGUACUCCUGUUCUUUUUGUAGUAGUCUAUGUUUACCUUUAGCUUGUUAGAGGUUAACAAUGUAAACAAAUGAUUCUUAUCUAGGGCUGUAUUUUGUUAAGUCAGAGAUCAAAAGAGAAUAUUAACAUUUAGAUGAAACUUGGGUGUAAUAAUGUCAUUGCAUGUCUCUGUAAAGUUUGUAGUUAACUGUCUCUGAACUGCAUUAUGGAUAAUUACCUUAUGUUAAUCCUUGUAAUUAUUUACCUGUGAUGUUUAGGAAAUAGAAGCUUACUUCAAAAGCCGAUUGUUCACCCAAGGACUGCCUGCUGAGGAGAGGCUGCAAAAAUCUCUAGAAAAAUUCUUGGGAUCUGAUCCUUUUAUCUCAGAUCUUAAACUAUGUUCGGGGCAGAGUUUGAGUUAUAAGACAGAUCUCCAGUCCAGCUGGACUGCCCUGAUAUUGAACAUUUGGACAUAGGACUAUAACCUGAUGAAAGGAUUCUGAAAAGGACUCUGCAAUUCUAAAGCACCAUCUCUACAGUGAAACUGCCCUCAGGACUCUAUUCAUGUCUGUCUGUAUAAUGAUCUUUUAAGCAAUUCUCUCUCUUUUCUCCUUUUAAUAAAUCUUAGUUUAGUUAAUAAGAA